UCGGCCAUUGUUGCUCGUUUCUCGAGAAGUAUGUUGUAGAUCGAGAAGAGGGUUGAUUUUGGAAUUCUGACCUUUGACUGGUUUUGUUUAUUUUCGGUUAAAAUAAGCCCGGGAUUUUAUUCGAUGUAAAUUCGGGUGCCAAUUUCAUUACUUCAUCUACCUUCUCCUGUCGUAUCUGGAUGACGUAUUUGUGGAACCAAUCAUGUUUUCGCAUGGUUUAAUAGUUUUUCGUCGUGAAAAGUAGUUAAUGACUGUUUCUUGAUGGGCGGCAUUGAAGAAUAAGGGGUGCGGUCGGAUAGGGUUCCUAUGAAUAGGGGGGAUCAAGGCCGUCCUCCCCUUUCUGUAACCGUGAUUGGUUAGUAUGUGGUAAUUUUGUGAGUUGAAGAAAGUCGGUUGCGGUUGAAGAAGGUAUGAAGAUGGAGAAGUUGCAUACCUAAAGAUGAAGUCUUUUAAAUAAAGGGGCAUUGGGGUGGCUGGAUGUUCCAAUAAUGGCUGCACCACGGGGGAAAUCUUCAUCAAAGAGGCCUCUUUGGAUCCUUGCACUAAUCUCUCUGGUGUGCUUAUCAUUGAUUUUUGUCUAUCUUCAUCCGCCCCAGCAAUAUUCAUCUUGCUACCUUUUAUCGAAAGUUUGCAACCAGUUGGACUACUGGCUUCCACCAGCACCAGCUAGAGUUCUAACUGAUGAGGAGCUCAUCUCUAAGGCUGUUAUAGGGGACAUUCUGUCCAUGCAAAUUGCUCACAAAAAAAAUUCUAAAAUUGCUUUCAUGUUCUUGACAAGGGGAUCAUUGCCUUUUGAGAAACUAUGGGAGAAAUUUUUUCUGGGCCAUGGUGGUAGGUUCUCCAUUUAUGUACAUUAUUCAAGGGAAAACCCAAUUCAUGUGAGCCCACUAUUUAUUGGCCGGGAAAUUCACAGUGACAAGGUGUUUUGGGGUCAAAUUUCAAUGGUAGAUGCUGAGAAAAGACUCCUAGCAAAUGCUCUCCAAGAUGCUGAUAAUCAGCAUUUCGUGCUGCUAUCUGACAGCUGUGUACCAUUAUAUAACUUCAACUAUGUAUAUGAUUAUCUCAUGGAAACAAAUAUCAGCUAUGUUGACAGUUUCGAAGAUCCUGGCCCGCUUGGUGCUGGCAGAUAUUCUGAAAAUAUGUUGCCGGUGAUCGAGAGAAAGGACUGGAGGAAAGGCUCACAAUGGUUUUCGAUCAAGCGACAACAUGCUUUGCUACUUCUAUCGGACAACCUUUACUACACAAAAUUCAAACUUUUCUGCAAGCCUGCUAUGGAGGGCAACAGAAACUGCUAUUCCGAUGAGCAUUAUUUACCAACUCUCUUCAGUAUGGCCGAUCCUACUGGUAUAGCUAAUUGGUCAGUUACCCAUGUAGACUGGUCUGAAGGAAAAUGGCAUCCUAAGUUAUAUAGAGCGGAAGACAUUACAUUUGAGCUUCUCAAAAAAAUCAAAUCUAUUGACGAGAGUUUCCAUGUUACAAGUGAAGCAACGAAAGUUGUCAUGCAAAAACCAUGUUUGUGGAAUGGGACUAGAAGGCCAUGCUAUCUUUUUGCCAGGAAGUUUUACCCCGAAGCCCUCGACAAUUUGAUGAAUAUUUUCUCCAAUUACACAGAUUUUAUAGCCUUCUAAAUGAUCACAUUAUUCUUGUCGAACCUCUUGAUUAGUUCACCCGGUUCUCUCCUCACUUUAUAAUGAAGAGAUCCUCAGGUUUGUGCCAUUCAAUUUCUCAGAGCUCUGUAAAUUUGAAUGAUCAAACACCCUGCAUAUAAAUGCUGAAUGUGAAGCUGUUUUUAUGGAUGACUGCUUCACUUUUGUUAUUCUGAAUCAUGGUGAGUAGGUGCUAUUUUUUUAAAAAAUGGUUAGUAAUUUUUCUUGAGGAUUUUUCCUUGGGAUAUCAA